GACUAUGACGAACAUAUUGUUGUCAGUUGAUUCAUCUCAUGUGACUCAGUUUCAAAAUCUUGUGCCAAAGGUCGUUGAGGUCAUCAAGAACUUGAUUCCCAUUGAUCAGUCACUUGCAUCAACUUCAUUGAACUUGUUUGAAGAUUUGAUAGAAUGCGAGAUACCCAUCAUUGCACCACACAUCAAGUUCUGUCUCCAGUUCUUUCUUGAGAUAGGUUCAAAUAAGUUAUUGGAAGAUCAGUUACGGGUAAAAUCAUUAGCCCUACUCUGCGAUGUCAUUUCAAAAAAGAAAAAGGUUAUAUUGAAAAUGAAUGCUAUACCAACUUUGGUGAAUGGGGUUUUCAGCAUAUUAUGUGAAGAUAAUCCGGACACAUCUGAUGAUGAUGAGGAUGAAGAGAAGAGCACGGCAUCAUCAUUUGCUUCACAGGUCAUUGAUAUAAUGGCUCUUCAUCUCCCUCCAGAAAAAUUUAUUCCACAUCUGUUAAAGUUGACUGAACCAGCCAUGAAUUCAGAAAAUGUGAGGGUACGAUCAGCAGCUUUUUUAGCCGUUGCUGUAUCUACAGAGGGUUGUUCUGAAAACAUCAGAAUUAGGCACAUGAAGAAAUUGUUACGCUCUAUCUAUAAAGGAAUGUUGGAUGAGGCCAGCGAAGUGAGGAACUCCGCAAUGUUUGCUUUGGGAGAGUUUUCUGAAUAUUUACAGCCAGACAUCAGUAAAUUCUCCCAAGAACUGUUACCACUGUUGUUUGAUUGUCUAAAUAAAUUCUCAUUCUCGUCCAGUGUUAAGAAGAAAGACAUUGUGAGGACAUAUCAUGCCAUGGAAAAAUUUUGUGAAAAUUUGGGAAAAGAAAUUUUACCUUACCUCCCUCAGUUAAUGGAAUUUCUUCUCAACUCAAUUGCAAACAGCCAGUCGUUCGAGAUCAAAGAAUAUUCUAUCAGUGCUAUUGCAGCAACAGCUUCAUCAGCCAAGGAGCAUCUUCUUCCAUUCUUACCUCGUUUGUUGGAGCUUCUAAAAACUUUCCUGAGUCCUACUGAAGAGGAGGGACCACUGAAAGUCCAAGUACAGACCAUUGACACAUUGGGAGUGUUAGUGCGAACAUUGGGUGAAAGUUUCGAUAGUUUGGCACCUGAGUGUUUAGUGUUGGGCCUGAGUCUCAUCAAUGAUGCUACUGACCCUGAUCUUAGGCGAUCUAUAUAUGGAUUGUUUGCAGCAUGUUCGUUGAUCUUGAGGACGAGCAUGGAGCCGCAUGUAGGACGCAUCUUUCGCUUGCUUGUUGAUUGUCUCAAGUCUACAGAGGGCAUCACGGCACACUACGAUGAUGAGGACGCAGAGCACGUUCUGGACAUAUUCGAGGAUGACAGCAUUAACCUCUCUGGCUCUCAGUGUGAUACUGAGUAUGAGCAUGAUAAUGAUCAUGAUAACGUCGAAAGCAUAGAUCUGCAGAAUUCAUACAUGGAUGAAAAAGUUGAAGCCAUGGCUGCUCUUGGUGAACUGGCACUGAACACAGAAGUUGCAUUUGCAUCAUACCUGGAGGAAUCAUUCAAGGAGAGUAGCGACCUGCUCACCUAUCCAGACUCAGACAUCAAACGAACAGCAGCUCUUUGUGUUGGACAGCUCUGCUCUGCCACAUACAAACUCAUCAAAUUGAAUGCAGAAAUGGAAAAAUCUUUAAGUGGCUUGCUUGAGGCCAUGCUGUCAACGUGCAUGAGAAGCUUGGUUGAGAUGGUGAGAGAGGAAGAAGAAAGAGAGGUGGCAAUAUCCGUGUUCGAAUCUCUCAAUGAAGUUAUCAAGACUGUUGGUAAACCUGCAUUGCAAGUUAUGGGUUCUGUCAGCGUGAUUUUCAAUUUGGUUAAAGAUGUGGUCAGAAAAAAGUUGAAGUGCCAGGAUGGUGACAUUGACGAGGAGGAGGAUGAAGAGGAGGCUGAGUACGACACAUUGUUGAUUGAAAGUGCAGGAGACCUCAUACCAUUACUAGCUAAGGUCGUUCCCUCGAAUGAGUUCAUCACGUUCUUCAGCGCAAUGCUUCCUGAACUCAUGAAAAAACUGAAAAAGUCAUCUUCAGUAGCUGAUCGUUCAUUUGCCAUCGGCACGUUAGCUGAGACCAUGCUUGAAUUGGGAGAUAAUGCUUGUAUGUUUGUAUCCAAGUUGUACCCAGUUAUGAUGAGUAGCAUGAAGGAUGACGAUGACGAAGUUAGGAACAAUGCUGUAUUUGGUCUCGGAGUGUUGGCUGCUAAUGGCGGACAAAAUAUAACGAGUCACUAUCAUGAGAUAUUGAAAGGGCUUUCUGACGCCAUGGUUAAGGAAACUGACAGGAGAGUUGUAGACAACAUAUGCGGUGCUCUCGCUCGCAUGAUCACCAGCAACUGUUCACUCGUACCUCUUGAUCAGGUCCUGCCAACAAUCAUCAAUCAUCUUCCUUUGCAAGAAGAUUUAGAGGAGCACAUUACAGUAUUUCAGAGUUUUGCAUCUUUGUAUGCCCAGAGGAAUGUUGCUAUAUUGCCUCAUCUACCUCAAGUUUUGGUCAUUAUUGGCAAUCUCCUUGUCACAAAACCAAAACCUGAACUAGAAAAGAUUUUGAAAGAUUUUGUCAAUGAAAUAUAUGCCAACUCACCCGAUGUCUUUCAGGCUGUGCCGUCAUCCGACGCUGAUUUGAUAAACCGUCUGAAGAGCUGUAUCAAGCUGCCUUAAUUGAAAAUUAUAACUAAUUAAACUUGAUGGGAAUUUUUCAAAAAUAUAAGUCAAAAAUCUUUA